GUAGGCCCGAUUUGAUUUUGAUGACGUUUGCCGGAGUUCCACGUUGGAAGGAAAAUGGGGGUUUUAUUUUUGAUUAAUUAUUUGUUUAUUAUGAAAAAUCAACCCUUGACAUAGUGGCAGUCUUGUUUGUGACAGUGUUGUGUAUAUCGAUUUAUUGUUAUUGCGUCGGGUUUACGACAUUAAGACAUAGUUUAGCGCGGGUGAACUAUUGACCGGAUCAGUUCGGCGAAUCGCUUGUGUGUACUUUGUGCGGUGCCAAGAGCUCGUCGUUCGGUUGACGAUCGUCCGGCCGUUUUACGUGUUGCGAACGGGCCGCCCCGUACAAAAGCUACAAUAUGGAUUUCCUAUUUACAAAAGAUAGUAAGCCGACGGCGCAGGAUUUCGACAUGAAAGACGACGUAUUGGAUCCAAAGUGCUCGGGCGACUUAAUGUCAGAAGAUUGGCCCUCAAGCUCCGACAACUUUCUUGAUUCUAUAAUAAAUUGGGACAACGACUUGCUACAAAUAUUCGACCCACCAAAGGGACUGGAAUCUCUUGACGACAUUUCGGCUAAUAUAAAACGUGAAGCACAAGAAUAUGAACGUUCGCCUUACUUGGAAAAUGACUACAUUGAAACAAAAGCAUCAUCAAAAUCCCCAUUUGUUACCGCACCGAUAUCAAGUAACUCCUCCGACAGCGGCUUAUCAUCAGAUAAUUUGGAUAUUGAAAUGAGCCCAGAAUAUGAACCACUUAGCCCGGCUAUGUCCUCACCAGGACCAUCCAUAAGCGAACGUGGUGAAAAGAAUUCUCCGGUACGAUUCGAUACUUCAUUCAGUCCAACGCAACAACCACCAGUUCAGAUUGUCAACAAUAAAAGGAAAAUUGAUGUGAAACCACAGGUCAUUGUACCCAGAGUUCAACAAUACGUUACAGUCUCGAAUGCUAGUGUAAUUCAACCCACAGGAAAAUUUGGCCAAGGAAAAGAAAUAAAAAUAGUUAAAGUGUCCCCGCAUGUCUUUACACAGUCGAAUAAUAAGAAAGUUACAAUACAAUUGAAAAAUUCACAGAAUGGAGCCAAGAUUCAGGCGAAUCCAGGGACACUUUUUAUCAAUAAAGGAAAUAUUACUGAAGUGAAAAAACUUAUUCGAGUACAAAACGCUGCCAAUCCCCGUUCAGUGUUGAUUCCCGCUCCCAUGCAAGAAAGCAAAGAUUUAAAAGGAUUUAAGAUAAUAAAUUUAACUUCGCUCCAAAAGCCGAACACUGCAAAUCAGAUAAAGUUCGUUCAGCAUCUUGAGGAGCUUAACAAUAAUUUUUCGGUGAAGAAGGAGAAAAUCAUAGAGGAAUGUGUUUCCGAUCAGGCAUCAGACGUAGACAGUUUCAUUCUUGAAGAUAAUCAAGAUGAGGGAUAUGAUUGCGAGGAUUUGGAGGCGAAGCUCAGUGAUUCAGAAGCUCCGUAUCCGAAACUUACCUUGACAACGGAGGAGAAGCGGUUACUGGCAAAGGAAGGUAUCACAUUGCCCUCACACUAUCCACUUACAAAACACGAGGAACGCGAGCUAAAACGCAUACGUCGAAAAAUCCGCAACAAAAUUUCCGCCCAGGAUUCUCGUAAACGAAAAAAGGAAUACGUGGACGGACUAGAGGAGCGAGUCAGACAAUGCACAGAAGACAAUCAGACACUUUUGAAGCGAAUAAAAAUGCUACAAACACAAAAUCAAAAUCUAGUGUCACAAAUGAAAAAGUUGCAAGCGCUUCUAUCCAAAGGCACCAACAAAACCGCCCAGCCCACCACUUGUCUGAUGGUACUUCUGCUAAGCUUGGCAUUAAUAGCAGCGCCGAACCUCAAACUUGGUCAAAAUGGCAAGGACAGUGAAUUGGCCGAUGUUGUACAAGAAACCAUCCUCCAAAACAGACGUAAUCUGUUAUUCAACAUCAAAGGACAAAACACAGAUGUCGACGAGGAGACAAAUGCAAGCGAUAUCCCACUCAGUGAAAUCAGUGCUGAACGUGAUUACCUCAACGAGAUGGAAGAUUGCAAAUCAAACGACGUAAACGGUGACGAACCUGCAUGCAAGAAAAUUAAAGGUGAAUUCGAAUUCGAUGAUCAGAACUGGUACAACGCUAAAGAAAUUCAACGAAAAUCACAAAUGUUGCUGAGCAACGUUGCAAAAUCCUUCCAAGAAACUAUGAAAUCAGCACAGACUAGUGGCUUUAACAUAAACAGCCAUCUACUGGAGAGCCUAGAAACGCUGCUUGACAAAGAUGUUUUGGAAAUGAUUUCGCCAAAGUCCAACGGUCUCUACGAUUUGAACAUGGACAAAGUCACGAGUUUUUUAAAUGAAAACGCAAUGGUCGACGUUAAUUCGCAACAACUGUACAGUGAAAAUUUAGCUGAAAAACAAAAUGAAACGGACUUGCGCGAUAUGAAAAAGUAUUAAGUUGACGAAUUUUAAGGAUUUUUCUUUUUUUUUCUUUCAAAGUGCAUUAGUAUAUGUGAUAGUUCAAUAACAGUUUAUUACCACAAAGGCGGCGGGGAUAAUCAUGAUCUCGCUGUUGCUUUAUAUCACAUUUGAAGUGUAUUUUGUCAUCAGUGGUAAUUAGGUAAGAAUGUUAUUAAUGUCUAUAAAAAUAUCUUUCCAUUUACUUUUUGUAUUUAUCUUUAAGUGCGUUAUUAUUGUCGUUCGUAGCUUCUUUAUGGAAAAAAUACAACUUAAAUAAUCGUUUCGUGCAAAUUAUUUUCAAUAUUAUUCAUACGAAUAUUUAAAAUAGUACAGAGUACAGAGAAAAUUUAUGUUUUAUCAUAAGUUUAGGGUAAGCCGAUAAAGUUUAUUACCUUAGUCUAGUGCAUGUGGGUAAAGAAAAUGCACUACAAAUACGUUUUUAUGAUUGUAUAUAAAAUAUUGCAAGUGAAAAUUGCAGUAAUGGACCUAACAAUAGUAUACAGUGUAAGCUUAAAUAAUUAUGAAUUAUUAUGUCUACACCAAUAUGAUUGAAAUAAAAUCAGCUAGUUUAGGUUA